UACCAUAUUCCCUAACACGAAGAAUUGUGCCUCUAUGUUUUAAUUAAACGAUUGUUACGGUUUAAAGUUGAAACUGUAUAGUAGCCUGUCAGCAAAUCGUAUCCUACUAAUGUCCUCUUUCUGUUUGUUUAUUUAUUUUUAAACACAGGAAACAAGAGUGAGCAGUGUAACUCCAAGAGUACAGCAAUGAAAUACAAUUACUUGUGCCUCUGUUGCAGGAAGUACCCGUUUCUUCACAGACGCUGCAGCUGUCAAAGGCAUUUUCGACUGAUGGAGGGAACCAUGGAAGCAAGGCACUGAGGGCUUUGUAGCAGAGUGGAGCCAGUUGAAGAUGGACACUGAGGUGGAGAUGAAGAUGAACAGUGAGGGGGAGCCCACCAUCUCCUGGCCCCUGCUCUCCUGGCUAGCCUCCUGCAUCAUGGUGUUUGGGGGGGUUGUGCCCUAUAUCCCCCAGUAUCAGGAGAUCCUCAGGACCUCCAGCACUGAGGGGUUCUCUACACGCGUCUGCCUCGUCCUUCUCGUGGCCAACAUCCUUCGAAUCUUCUUCUGGUUCAGAAAGCAGUUUGAAUUGCCUCUCCUGUUCCAGAGCAUUGUAAUGAUCCUUACAAUGCUGGCUAUGCUACACCUCUGCUGUUCAGUCCAAACAGCCAAUCGCGUCUCCACCAAACAACACUACUUCACAGACCUGGAUCUGAGAUAUUUUUGGAGCUGGGCUCGCUUUGAGGACUACCUUCUGUUUUGCUUUUCCUUCACGGUACUGAGUGCCCUCAUCACCUUCCUCUUCCUGGAUUCGGUCCUGUUUGUGGAGGGUCUUGGGUCCCUGGCUGUGCUCACUGAGGCAAUGCUUGGGGUACCACAGCUGCUCCAGAACUUCCAGAACAAGUCAACACGGGGCAUGAGCAUAAAGAUGGUGUUGCUGUGGACGGCAGGGGACCUUUUCAAGACAACCUAUUUCCUAGUGAAUGAGGCUCCGUCUCAGUUCUGGCUGUGUGGCAUCGCCCAGAUCUUCAUUGACAUAGCCAUCCUCCUUCAGGUAUUCUUCUACAGACAGGAGACCCACACCAAGUAUGGCUGACGACACCAAGUACCAAACUAAAGACAUUGCAAAUCUUUUAUAGUCAGCAAUCAGUCUUUUCUUUUCUUAAAUGUGUUCAUGGCAUGGUCAAGUCUCUGCCAAGGGAAUGGCCACAAAAGUAGAAACACCUGCCAUAGCAAUGUCAGCAGGGUGUAGUUAUGUUGUCUUGGAGGGAUACGUGCUCAUAGCUUGUAUAGUCUGUUCCUUAAUGCAACUUCAGCAUUUUGUGAAGUCUUGGAUAGGGAAGUACCUACCUACUGACCAUCUACUAACAAACUUCUAUCAAAGUAAAAUAUAUAUUAAAGAAAACAUGUCUAAUUAGUCAGUCACAUCACAAGUAUGUACUAUAUAUGGUGUUUUUAUUUUUUUGUCCAACACCUGUAUGUAUUGUACCUAAUAUAGGUUUAUCUCAGGGUCUUGCACUGCCAGAUAUUUAUUUUCCUAAUAAUUCUCUUUUUACAACAACCAAAUACAACCCUACACAACCAAGUGUAAAGGAGAGUUUUGUAGCCUUGUACAGUUUGAAGUUUCUUUGAUCAUGGUUUACAGUUGGAAAACUUGGUAGCACUUGAGAUUACAUGGCAAACAUGGUUAUGUAAUAACAUGGUAAUACCUGGGCAAAUGUUUUUUUGCUAUCACAUGGUAAUUACUGGUGAAAUAAGUGUAUAAUUGCAUCAAAAUGCAUGUGUCAAGCAAUUGCACAGUAGUUAGUAAGGAGCCAUCAGUGAUUACCCAGUUAUUACAGUGUAAUUACAUGGCUAUUAAAUGUUUUAUUGGUCUGUUGUAUCAGGGCUUUUAGUUAACCACAUUUUUCAUAAGGGCAUUUAUGUAUAAAUGUAUGUCUCUUUAAAACAUUACAAAUGUGUUUUUGUAAAGCUCCAUAGUAUUAUAAUUAAAGUGCCUUUUACAACUCCC